AUGGAUGUUGAUAAACAAAUGUUACAAUGGAGAAAAAGAGCAUGGUUAAAUUCAAAUCAAUUAUAUGGUGAAUUAACAGAUAUUAUUAUUAAAGAUACAGGAUUUACAAGUUCAUUUGCAAAUUUAAUAGAUAAUUCAGAGGUUGAUUCAUUCUCAAAGAAUAUAGUAAACAUAUUUACAACAGCAAAUAAAACAUUACCAUUAAUUAAAGAUUUAAUUUAUAAUGAAUUCAAUACCAAAGUAUUAGCAGAGGGUGAAGGUUCAAUAUUACGUGGUAAUAGUAUAGUUAAUAAAAUUGAAGGUGCAUACGUACGUUUAAUCGGUGCAAAUUAUUUAAGAUUUGUUUUAUCUGAUUUAGUUACAAAAGUAGUUUUAGAUUCUGAUUUAAAAUUAGAAAUUGAUCCAAGAAAAUUAAAUGAUUAUUAUGAAGAUAAAAUUGAAUUUGAAAAAAAGGUAGCAGAAGUUGAGUUGAGAGAUAAUCAAAAAUCAUUACAUAAUAUUGCACAACAAUUUUUAGAUAGAAUUACAGAUCCAAGUGUUGUUGUUGAAAUGCCAAGAGAGAUUAGAGCAAUCGCUGAUUAUACUGCAGAGAGUGCAUUAAGAUAUGCACCUGAAUCAUUAGCACCAUUGGUUGGUGGUUUCAUUAUGUUAAGAUUCUUUUCACCUGCAAUCGUCACUCCAGAAUAUUCAAAAUUACUCUCUUCUGAAGUUGCUCCUUCAAAAAGAGCAAAAAGAAAUCUUGUAUUAUUAGCUAAAGUUUUACAAAAUGCAUCAAAUGGUGUUUUAUUUGGAGGUAAAGAAGAGUUUAUGACAUGUAUGAAUGAUUUUAUUAUUGGAAAUAAAGAGAAAAUGUCUGCAUACUUUAAUUUAAUUUGUAAAGAUCCAUUAAAUCAAAAUAAUAAAUGGUCAGAUUUAGAAGGUGUUAAAAGUGCAACAACUACAACAACAAUACUCACACCAACUAAUACAACAACAUCAUCAAAUGGUAGUGGUGGUACAACAUGGGCAAAACCAAUUGUUGGUGGUUCAAAAUGGUUAGCAACUACACCAAGUGGUAAUACACCAUCACCUGCAAUUUCAAAUGCAUCAUCUGCUCAUAAUGGUAAAUCAAAUAAUACUACAAAUAAUAAUAAUAAUAAUAAUAAUAAUAAUAAUAAUAAUAAUAAUAAUAAUAAUAAUAAUAAUAAUAAUAGUAAUAAAACUACUACGACAGCAACAACAAUAUCAUCAAAUAGUUGGGAUGUUUAUAUAAAGAAUGUACAAAUUCAAGAUUUAUUCGAUUUACAUAGAAUAUUUGAUUCAUAUAAAGAAAAGAUUGUAAAUAAAAUUAUAAAUACAAAUAAUAAUAAUGCAAAUAAUGCAAAUAAUAAUAAUACAAAUAAUAUAAAUAAUAAAACAGCAAUUAGAGUUAUUGAAAUUUUAAAAGAAUUAGGACCAUCACCAAAAACAAAAACUGAAAGAAAAAAGAAAGAAACAGAUGCAGCAGAAGAACCAACAACAUCAUUACAAAAUGGUGCAUCGAUGGGAUCGGCAUUUGAUGAAUGUACACACAUGUUGGAGAGAUCAAGAUUCUUAUUUCAAGGUCCAAAUGAUAAGAAUGAUAGAUCAGUGUUUUAUUUAAUAGUUAAUAGAGUUAAACCAGAGGUAUUUGAUAAUGUGAAUCCAUUAAUCGCUCAUAUCUUUAAGGUUAUGGAUAUUUGUGUCAAUUCACCCUACACAUUGGUGGUGGAUAUGAGUUGGGCUCAUAUUUCCAAUGAUUUAAAGAAAGCGAUUUUCACUCAUUUGCCAAAGUUGGCAGAGAUCUUCUCGAGAAAGUAUAAAAAGAAUAUCGAUAAGAUAUUCAUUGUACAUCCAUCAGCAUACACUAGAGCAGUGAUCUAUUUCAUGUCGGCUUUCACAAGUAGAAAGUUAAAGAGAAAGAUUCACGAUAUCUACAAUUGGAAAGAUCUUUCUCAAUAUAUCGACAUUGAAAACAUAGCAUUGCCAGAGACAAGCAAGGAUUUCAUCACAAAGAGUUACCGUGUCGUUAAAGUCAAUUCAAAAGGUAAAAGACAGGAACGUUUAAUUAAGUUUACAAGUAACUCUUUAUUAAAUAUCGAUCCAAAAACACACAGAAUUCAAAAUGAAAAAAGAAUUAAUGAAAUCGAUGAAAUCACCUCAAGAUUAGGUUCAAUUGAAAUUAAUAUGAAACUUUCUGGUGAAAGUAAAAAGAGUGGUUCAAUAUUAGGUACUAAAAUUGGUUUCCUUUCAAUUAACAAUAAUAACAAUAACAAUAAUGAUGAUAGUAAUGGUAAUCAUGAUAUAAAUGAAUCAAAUUCUAGAAAAUACAUUUGUAAUCAUGAAUUGGAAAGAGAUCAUAUUUUACAAGACAUCUUUGAAACUGGUUUUAAAAUGGGUUUGCAAUCAAAAUCAACAAAAUCAUUACCAACUGAAUAUAAAGUUAUCAAAGUUAAUAAUGUUGGUAAACAUCAAGAACGUAUUUUCAAAUUAACAAUUGAUUCUCUAUUGAAUUUAGAUCAACAAAGAAUUAAAUCUGAAAAUAGUUUUGCUGGUAUCGAAGAGGUUAUACUCGAUCCUCAUGAUGAUGAUAUCGUUUGGUUGAAAUUUAAAUCUGAACCAAGUAGAAGAAAAAUCAUUUGUACUGUUAAAGGUGAAGGUAAACUAUUAUUAGAAGUUUUAACUGAUGCUAUCAAUAAAUAUCAAACUACUAUUGAUAUUCAAGAAGGUGCUUUGAAACUUGAUGCUGAAGAAGGUUUCUUAUAA